AAUCAGCGUCCGCGCUCUGAACGUGUCCACAUGUGCUGGGUUUGGUUGCAGUGAAUCCAUGUGGGUACAGUGUUGACUUGUUGGUAGAGUUAGCUCCAUAUACUGCUGUCAUUUAAGGCGAAACGUUUAUUUUAAUGUAUCACAAUGUCUUCGUCUUUCUUUAUUAAGAAGAAAGGAAACCCUAAAACAACGAAAAAGGGGCAAAAUACAUCGGGAACGAAACGAAAGGUGAGUUAGCCGGUUAGCUUCUGUUAGCUCUUAAAAUCAUGUGAAGCACCAUAUCAAUGUUUGUAAGCUAUCACACACCUUCUGAUCUAAAAUCUUCUUCUUUCUGUUGUAUCAGGGUGAUGUGGACUCGCGAGGAAAGAGCAAAAUUCCAGCAAAGAAAUCAUCAAAACAUAAUGAGGAGAUUUCCAGUGACUCUGAGCCUGAGAGGUUGAUCUCUACACUCUUAUUUAAAGAUUUCAGUCUGAAUUUAAAAAUGAAAUCAUGAUUAUUAAUAUAAUUUUGUAUCUUGAUCUGCAGCCCCGCAGUCCCCAGGAAGAGGCAGUCUAAAGAAGAGCCUGAAUAUGAGGAAACACCUCAGGAGAAGAAGCUGAGGUUAGCUAAACUUUACCUCGAGCAGCUGAAGGAAGAAGGUAGGCUCACAUGUGUGUGUGUUAUAUGUGUGCUUACGUGUGCUUACAUGCUAUAUAUAUGUUUAUAUAUUUAUUCUUACCAGUAACUUGUAUGCCCAUGUUUACACACAUUUUGAUCUGAUCUCAUCAGAGGAGAAGAAAGCUGAAGAUGACUCCUUUGAGACUGACCUCAUUGCUGGCAGACUUCAAGAAGAAGUGGUAAGAGAGUCCUCUGCAUCUUUUUUCUGACACGAUCAUCAAAAAUAAGUGAAUUUUUAACAAAUGAAGUAAAGUUGCAGCAUGAUCACCUGUCAGUUCAUAUUUAGCAGCUUUAACUCUGUUGUCUUCUGUGUCUAAAAUAUUCACAAGGUUGUGCGGUUUACAUUUAUUUAUUAUCCUACCACACAUACCUCCUUCAGUAGAAUAUGGUGAUUUAUGCAGCCCCGAUAUAAUCUCUAAACUCUAAAAUAAAUAGCAUCUCUGUCAGAAGCAUUCUUGAAACUUCACCUCCUGCCAUUCCGUAUGAAAUUGAAGAUAUCACUGAUUUUCGAAAGUUUUAAGAGGAUGGCGAUAGAUAGCACAGUUUCAUAUCUCUAAAUUUUAUUCUGUUAGUGGUUUGACAUCUACUACACUUAUUUUUUGCCAUGAACCUUUUCAGAAAUGGCAACCUUUUAAAAUAGUUUUGUACUCUGUUUCAACUGUGAGGCAGAUGAUCAGGAACAUUUCAUAAGCAAUGAUAGCACUGAACUAUUUUCAGUUGAUUUUGGGAGGUCACAUGAUUUUUGGUGUGAUGAAUCUGGGAGUUAAAACAUCUUGCUGGUGUGUACUGUGUGAAAGAUUGUAGAUUUUAAUAUUCUGAUUUGAAUAGAUCAUAUAAUAUGAAUAUGUAUUGAGUAAAUAAGACUCAUGUACAUAUCUUUUUUAACUUUUAAGUUUCUUUAUCCUUUAAUUUCUUUUUCUAUCUGUGUUUAUGCUGCUGUUAUUAGGCAUUUCCUUCUGUGGGACUAUAAAUGAAUAUUGUAUCUUAUCUUGAAUUAUUUUGAAUAUAAACAUUUUUUGGUGAAAAAACAGGCCUAUAUUCCCUCUUUGUGAAAACGACAGUUCUUUUUUACUUUCAUGUGUGAAUCUCCACAUGUUGGUCCAUGUUGUUCAUGUUGUCUUGUUUGUAAUUUUCAGCUUGAACAACAAGGAAAGCUCCAACGACUUAUUGCCCAGGAUGUAAGUGAUUUUUUUUGUCAUCUUUUCCCUCUUGCUUCAUGAUUUAGAGAAAGGUUUUUAAAAAAACUGACAUUGAUUGGAUUUUCAUUCUGUCUUUCAGCUCAUGCCACCAGAUGCUUCAGAAAUCCGACUGCUAAGAGGACACAAACUUCCAAUCACCUGUCUGGUUAUCUCCUCCGAUGACAAGUACAUCUUUUCUGCUGCCAAAGACUGCUCCAUCAUCAAAUGUUAGUAUACGAGUAAAUCUUCAAAAUGUAUUAAAAUUUUUCAUGGUGAAUUUGUAUAAAAAUGAAGAGUGUCCUGUCUUGUUGCUUAGAUUUAUGGUCUUGAUUUAUCAUUCUCAGCUAAGUGGAGAUUUUUUUCUUUUUCCAGGGGAUGUUGAAAGUGGAAAGAAACUCCAUACAAUCCACGGUGGUAGGAAGGGUACAGAGGAUCAGCAUGUGGGACAUACGGCACAUAUCCUGUGCAUGGCCAUUUCAUCAGAUGGAAAGUACUUGGUCAGUAAUUCUGUUUCAGUGUAGCAUGCAUUUAACAGUUUAUACUGUAAAGCAGCUGUUGUUGUUCAUGUUUGUCCCUCUUUCUUUACAUUUGUUUAGGCCACUGGAGACAUGAACAAACUGAUCCUGAUCUGGGAGGCAGAAACAUGUAAACAUCUUUAUAAAUUCACAGGACACAAAGGCCCAGUGUCGGUUGGUAUCCUCCUUUUUCUGAAAAACCUCCAAGAUAUCAAAGUUGUGCAUUUUCUCCAUGUCCAUCACACCACAUGUCAUAUCCUCCUCAGGGUCUCUCGUUCAGGAAAGGAACUCAUGAUCUGUACAGCGCCUCUCAUGAUCGCUCCGUCAAAGUGUGGAAUGUGGACGAGAACGCCUACGUGGAAACUCUGUGGGUGACUGAUUAGAUUAUAAUUCAUGAAUCUAUCAAACACAUUCAUUCAUCUGAACUGUGUGACCUCCGUUGUGAUUGUGGCUGGCUGUAGAUUCGGGCAUCAGGACGCCAUCACAGGACUGGAUAGUCUGAGCCGUGAGCGCUGCGUAACAGCAGGAGGGAGGGACCGCACCGUGAGGGUGUGGAAGAUAGCAGAGGAAUCUCAGCUGGUGUUUCACGGUCACGAGUGAGUUUCUCUUUCAUCUGUUGUUCCUCUGAUGCUCUUUGCACCAUUGAGUCCAGAUCUGAUGUGUCAGAUGAACAAGAAACAUACUGGCGCAAAGUAACAGACCGAAAGACACAUAAAAAAACAUUCUUUUUUUAAAAAAAACUUUUUAGGUAAAGUUCGUAACAGUGAGUUAUUAAGAUUAAGUAACUUUGUGCCAUUGUCAACUUGACACCUUGAAACUGCUCUGUGCUUCCUGAGGGAGGGGUCUCCUGAUCUAAGUCAGAAUCAGAAUCAGAAGGGGUUUUAUUGCCAUUGUUGAUGAACAGGAUUCACAGACUAGGAAUUUUUUACAGCAUGGUGGUGCAACAAUAAACGGAGAAUAAUAUAUAAAAUACUAGAAUAAAAACUAAUAAGAGCAUGCAGGAAAUAUAUAAAGUAUUAAAGUAUAAAAGGCUAUGUACAACUACACUACAGAACAACAGUGCGGUAGGAGUAGUGCAAUUAAAAAACCAAGGUACAUUAAACUAAGUGACCAGUGAUAAAGUGACAGAGUUAAAGUGACUGAGUUAUGAAGUGUUCAUGAGGGGAAGAAACUGUUCUUAUGGCGGGGGGGUUCUGGUCCAAAUGGACUGUAGCCUCCUGCCCGAGGGGAGUGUCUCAAAUAGUCCAUAGAGUAAGUGUCUUAACUCUAGAAUUUUGCAGAGGUUGACAGAUGUUGUUUAAGUGUAAAGUAAGUCAGUAAAUUUUAUUUCUAUAGCACUUUUCAUAGAUGAAAUCACAAAGUGCUUUACAAUAAGGAUAAAAUGCAAUAGGAUGCAGAGAAACAAAAUACAUAUUAUGACACAGAUACAAAUACUUCACAGAGGCCCCACAGCGUCAACAUCAGCUAAAAGCCUGUCUAAAAAGACACUUUCAGUAGACUCUGUGCUGCGUUAGGUAAAUGGUAGUGCAUUCCAGAGGUGAGGGGCACUGGCCUGGAAAGAGCGGUCACCUCGUGUUUUAAAACGGGUGCGAGGGACCAUCAAGAGUUUGUGGUCUGAUGACCUUAAGGAACGUGAGGUGGAAUAGGGUCUCAGUAACUCAGUGAUGGAUGAGGGAGCUUGAUCAUGGAGGGCUCUAAAAGCAAGAACUUAAAUCUUAAAAUGAAUCCUAAAAGUAACUGGUCACCAGUGGAGGGAAUAUAAAAUUGGGGGCAAUGACCAGAGUUUCAGUUUUGGCAGAGUUCAGUUGAAGAAGGUUGUCAUUUAGCCGUUGUUUGAUGGCAGUCAAACAGGCCGUUAAGUUGUCUAACUUAUGUAGCUCGGUCUGCUGGUAGGAGCAGUAUAGCUGAACAUCAUCAGCAUAUAGGUGAGAAGAGACAUCACAGAACUCACUGAUAAGCUGUCCAAGAGGGGUCAUGUAAAGCACAAACGGUCCCCUUUUAGCUCUGACUUCACAUCCAAACACAUCUCUGCUUAUACAGAAGGCCACCAUCAAAAAAUCGUCUCUCUUCCUCUUUUUCGUUGUUCCUCUGCCAACAAGAUUCGCUUACUGCCACCGCUCAUUAAAUUAUAAAUAAAACACAAGGCUCUGAUUUCACUGGUCUGGGUGCAAAUUUCUGUGUGACAGCUUGUUAGUGUCAGGUUUUUAUCAUUGAGCUUUUGCACAUGCAGAUGUUCUUGUGAUUUUGGCGUAGUCAUCUGAUGUUGGCCACAUUUAAAAGACGAGCGAGCAGGCGAGUACUUUAGAGCUCGUGGUGUUCAGAAAGCUUGUUAGCCAAAGUCAGCAAGAUUUAUGACAUACUUUGUAAGCAGAAAACCAGCUGAAAUCUAGAAUCAGUUCAUUUAGAGCGAGAGUUUUACCCACAAAAACAAAACUCUGAAUCUGCAACAUCAACAAUUCUGAUUUCAUUAACAAAGGGAGAGAUUUCAAACAGUGAAUUUCAGGUAAGCUGUAGUCUGUGCAGUAGUGUGACUGACAGGUGUGUUUGCUGCUGGCAACAGCACGCUCAGCUGAACCCAACAGCUGGUAGCACAGCGUGCCAUCUAGAAAUGUUGAACAGGAAGUAAAAAUAAAGUUUUAAUAAAGAAUUUCUGUCAAAUUUAAUUCCGUUUCAGUGCUCAUGAACAUAUGAACAGAGAGACAGCUCUCACCACGAGUGACUUUGUCUCUGUUUGGUUUCUCUGCAGGGGUUCCAUAGACUGUGUCCAGCUAAUAAACGAGGAGCACAUGAUCACAGGAGCCGAUGAUGGGUGAGAUAUUUACAGCUUCCUCACUCAGUCAAGUCCUGAACCAGAUUCACAGAUUCUCUAAACUGUCUAUCUUUUUUUUUUUCUUCGCCCUCUCUUAAUAAUCGGGACCACCUCAGCUCUGUGUCUCUCUGGAGCGUCAACAAGAAGAAGCCUCUCAGCACGGCGAAGCAGGCUCACGGUUGCCAUGGCGAUGCGGGGCUGGAGCAGCCUCACUGGGUUGCUUCAGUGGCGGCGCUUCAGAACUCGGAUACUGUUGCCUCAGGUGCCUCUGGCUGUGAGAGUCCUCCUUACCAGCUUUCUCAUAACACACACACACAUACGGACAGACACACACAGACACACAGACACACACAGACACCGGGCAAGACGAAUAAUUUCCACAUUUUCUUUUAUGUGACCUCAUUUAUUGAUAAACUGAAAAACUUGGCCCUGCUUAAGCGCUCUGCGUACCCAAAGUAGUCACUGCAGUGUGUGUUUUCAGCUGUAUGUGUUAAUAUAAAGUUUGUCUGUUCCUUCUGUUCAGGUUCACACAACUCACAGGUGCAGCUGUGGAAGUGUGGUCAGAAUUAUCGGAGGCUGGAGCCUUUAUUCAACAUACCAGUGGUGAGCUUUAAUUCUUCCCUCUCUUGAAAAGGUCACAGUACUAUCAAACAUGUUUUCAGCUAAUUAUAAAGAUGUUAAAGACAAUAAAUCUUGUCUCAUUCCACCCCCUCCUCCACUCUCUCUCUCCCAGCCCGGCUUCAUUAACAGUCUCAAGUUCUCCAGCUCUGGUCAGUUUUUGGUGGCAGGAGUCGGACAGGAGCACAGGUAACUGAACUAAUGAUCAUGUUUCCAUAGGAACUGUCAGGAGGCAUCAUUCUUAACCAAAGGGAAUUGUCAGUGCAGGUUUAUUUGCACUGAAGAAAGUGUCCACUAGAUGGCAGCGUUCUCACUUGUUCUGAGCUUUAGUAAUCAGCCCUUUAAAUGACACCAGUUGAUUGAAAUAGACUGAAAAUACAUUUACAGAUGGGUAACACUUUAUUUGACGCCUAUCUCUAUAACACAUAAAUAUAUGUAUAAUGGGUUAUAAUCAUGUUAAAGCACUGUAUAACCAGUUAUAAACACUCAUAAAUGAUCAUAAUGCUUUAUAUUAAUAAUCAUAACACAUUAUAAAGCAUUUUAUCAUGACUUACAAGGUCAGGUAUUAUAAUGUGUUUUAACUGUUAACAACUUACUGACAAUUCUCACAUAGAUAAUGCAUUAUACAUAUAUUUAUAUGUUAUAAUUUGCUUAUAAACUUGUAUAAAUAUCAUUAUAAUCACUCAUAUAUUAUCAUAAGGCUUUUUAACAAUAAGCAUAACACAUUAUAACACCUGACCUUGUAAGUCAUGAUAAACUGCUAUGUAAUGUGUUAUGAUUAUUGCUAUAAAGUAUUAUGAUCAUUUAUGAGGGUUUAUAACUAUAGUUAUACAGUCCUAUAACGUGAUAAUAACACAUUAUAAAUAUAUUUAUAAUGCGUUAUUUAGAUCAGCGUCAAGUAAAGUAUUACUGAAAGAUGUUUUUAUGUUCAUUUUUGAGAAAAUUUUCUUAACUGUUUGAAAAAAAAUAUAUUACUAGAAUACAAAAACCCCAAAUGUGCCUAUGGAAAAUGAGCAGCAGCUGAAAAGUGUGGUAAUGUUAAACCAUAUCUGUCACUGGAAAAAGCGCAGUGCUCUCUAUAACCAGGCCCUCUGCUAGCAGACCAACACCACCAACAACAAUAAAAGUGCAAUACUACACCCCUAACUAGUUCUUAAUCAUGUGCAAUAUCAGUAUCAUCAUCACAUCCAUACAUGUUUUUUAUUGGCACUGAUCUUUCUUUCUCUUUUAUGUUUUUUCAUACUUGUCUUUAAUACUGUUCUUCAGUUGCUCUGCUCUUUCUUUCUUUUUUUACUGUAGUUCCUUACCUUAUUAUUUUUUUUUUUUGUACCUGUUAUAAAUGCAUAUAAAGGCCUUAAUUCCUCAAUGAGGGAUGAAUAAAGGAAAAAAAAUCUACAGAACCAAAUCAGUAGACCUCACAGUAAAUAUCUGAUUUGGUUACUACAUUACAACACCUUUCAUAGUUUAGUUUGACAAGGAUAUCCAGCUGUGGGUUCAAUCUGGGUUUAUACAGCGUGAGCUCUCAUCUAAUCUCUGAAGUUAAUAAAAUCACUCUGAUAACCGUCAUAGCUGACAAUCUGAUCACAACCCAAAGUUUGCCGCGCCUCAAGCCAUUUUCAGGUUCUCCUGUAACAGCCGGCCCCAUCAGACCGGACUGAGGAGACUCAGGAACUUAACAGUCCAUUACUACUUUGAUAUCCAAUCAGAGUUUCCAGUUUUUAUACACUUUUUAUGUGUAACAUGAAUGGUUUCAGUGUUUCAUUUGACUGUGAAAUCAAGUGUUCGAGGUGUUUAUAGGAGAGUUGAAGCCCAAAGUUUUGGUCAGAUAUGAGCACUGGAGCUGGUGGAUCAGUUUAAAACACAAUGAUAUCAUACGCUGUCUAAAGUGAGUGAGAUUAUGAACAAGCUUUCAUCUCUUCCUCCUCUCUGUUUUGGAUUUGUCUCUGAGUUCUAACAGCAUGACUGUUUUUAUCCCUUGCCUCUGAUCUCGUGUUUGUUGUUUUUUCUGCAGGUUAGGUCGAUGGUGGCGACUCAAAGAAGCCAAAAACGGGAUCUAUCUUAUUCCUCUGAAAAGGAAAUCACCAAAUCCACAGGAAACCACAGUGGAUGAAUAGUGGACUGCUCAGUGUCUUUAAUUUUUGUAAAUUUUAGGUUUAAAAAUGGAUUUAUGUAUCAUGUUUCUGUUCAUUUUCUUUUAUAUGAAAAGAAUGUGAAAAUAUUUUCAAAUGGAGAAAAAUCCAAUGUUUUGUUUAUAAAGGAGUUCACAGCAAAUCUUUGUUCUGUUUUUUCAAGUUCUUGUCUGAGAAGUGCCUCUAAUACUUUGGUUAAGAGUCUGCAGUGUGUCCAUGUUGGACUACGUAUGGAUUUUCACAUUACUGAGGCUUUUGAAGGAGCCUGUACAUCAGGUCCAAGCUGACAAAGACCCAAGAUCAGAAGAUCUGAAGUUUUGUUUGUAACUUUGUAGCUCACUGUGAAUUUUUCUGAAAGUUUCUCUCAAAGUAAAAUAUUAAUUUCCGUGAGUCCUGUGGUUCGAAAAGCUUUUGUUUGAUUUAAAAGUGUCCACUUGAAGAUGACAGCCAAAAUAUUACAGUUUUUAUAGCAGAAUGAAACAGAUUUGGGAAAUGGAUUUAACCUAACUUCUUUAUUCAUGACAACCAUAACUGGAGUUGUUUUUUUUAAUAGAAUCUUGACUGAUAUUUUUAGUGCUGUUAUGUCUGAUAAAUAAUUAGGGGCUGACCGACUUACAGGUACUGAAGCUAUUUGCCAGUUGGCUGAGUAAUAGCCUCUACUCCACCUAUCACUGAUUUUGAGCCAAGAGAGCAUGAGUCGGCAUAGCAGAUGUGAUGACUGCCAUCUUUGGGCUUCGUAAUACUCUUAGAAAAUCAAUGUGGGAUGUCACUGGGAUUAGGUUUUAUACAGUCUACAAUUGAACCCUGGUCUUCCCUUCAGCAAGGGUAAUAUUGUCCUGUAACCUUCCCGCCUAUCCUCCAGAUCCUUGAGUCAGAUUUUUGUAGUUAUGUACGUCACUUUUGAAGAUCAUCAGUGGCUUCUUCAACCACAAAAAUGUAGCUGUGUUUCUAGAGGAUCUGCAGAAUUUUUAAAAUCAAGCAACAUAUCACUGGCAUCACCAUUAAAAAGAGAUUGAAUAAACUGUAGGAGAUUUAAAAAGCUCAAUAUAGUUACCCAUCAAACAUGAGACUUAAUGUACCCUCAGUACUUUGGUGUCCUUCAAUUAUGUCAACACAGUCGCAGAGAAAAGUUGCUUUCAUGUAAUUAUCUUCCAUCAGAAGUGAAAAUUGUCGUAUAAAUGUGACAAAUGUGAAUGUUUUUGGCACUUUCUUCUCAGCAGGUGUCCUCUGGUUUUGGCAGAUCUGUCCCUUUGACCAUCAUAAUGUGUUCAAUUACUUCAUAGAAUGGUUAUCUGAUGGUUUGUCCAUUAACGUUUGAAAAUAAAACAAUUUGUGGCAAUUUUCAA